AUGUACAGUGAAAAAGGAGAAUGCCCAGUCCUCGAUUCCUCUUGUAGCUCACAAACUGACACACUAUCACUGUCUUCUGAGACUGAUGACAGUGCUGGACCAAGCUCCAAGAGACCUCGAUUUGACGAGACUUUUGAGGCAAAACAGUUUGUCAAUGGAAUUAUGGAGGAAAAGGCAGGAGGACCUGCGAUUUUGGCUGAAUAUAAAGAACAUGGCAAACUCAAAGACUCAACACGGCGACACUUAGUCAAUAUUGUAGUUGCAUACGUAACUGACAAAGAAGGACGCGUCCCUUCCAAAGAAACAAAAAUUCGUUGUGCUUUGGGAAAUGUAACACUAUUCCCAUCACUGAAGGAUCCAUACUCAACAACUGGAUAUGUACUUCAAGACUUUAACAUCAAAUUUGGCACAGAAACAGCUUCCAGACUUCUUGAACAAUGGGACGGUCUAAAGCCCAAGGUCAUCUCAAAGGCAAAAACCCUUACUUCCAACUUGCAUCUCAACAGCCUGCUUGCAGCUGCUCAGGGCAAUGGACAAAACAAUGAGCCUGAAUGGCAAGGAUGGGACAGCGACAUGUCCUCUAUUUUACUCCUGGGCUACCUUUUGCCACCUUCAGCUGGUGGUAGGAACAAAUCCAUCAAGAUAAGCAUCCAGGAGGCUAUGGACUAUAUCGUGCAGUUUCACAAGUCUUGCCGCAGUCUAACUGAACACAUUGAGAAGACUGAGGGUCUUCAACCACAUCUCCUUGCAGUUGGCUCGGCAAAGAACAACAUCCACAAUUUCUAUAUUGUGUUGGAUGGACAACUCAUCCCAUGCCAGGCAAAGUCUUCCCUUGCUGCUUUUGAUGAACUUUUUAAAGCAUAUUUUGUCUUUAGUGUGUCAUACCCCCACUGCUUAAAUGCCAUGUAUACGUUCAUCCAGACAACAAUCUACUAG